GAAAACAAAAUAAAAAAACAUAUAAAAAUUAGCAAAUGACUAGCAGUUGAAUAGCGUUUUCCAAAUUAUUGAAAAUUAUUGAAUUAUUGUUAUUACUAUUUGUCCAUUUCUUUAUGCGUUUGCUUAAGGACCAAUCAAUUUUCUUAUGCAUAUGUUUAUGCGACCAUGCAAGAUUGUAUACCGGCCAUUAGAUUGCAGAGAUUUCAAUGUAAAAUGUAAUUAAAGACCUUUUGGGGGCUUGAGCGUGUGCGAAUGUGUUUGUCCGUUAAUAUAAACGUUUUUGAAACCGUCAAUUGCGUGACGAUCGGCAAUAAAGGCUUCGUUCGUAAAUUCAUUGUCAAUACUGAAAAUCUAAUAAUUAUCAAAUAGUAUACAUAACGUGAACUAUAGAUUUUUAGUAUUAGCAGUGAAUUUACGAACACAGCCUAAUUGGAGUUAACAGAAAUCGUUUUCCAUGUGCUUAAAUUUUGCACGUACACUUUUUAUAUUUGCAAUAUAAAAAUGGAAAUAAUAUCUGGGAAAAGAAAGGGCAGUUAUUUGUAUGUAUAUGAGGGAUAUACAUAUAAUAUUGAUAAAAGAUACAAUUACAUAUAUCGUUGUGCAGAAAGACGUAGUACAGCAUGCAAAGGUGUGCUAAUUAAAGAAAAUGAAAAGUUUAUUUUAGAUUGUAAACACAACCAUUCAAGCGAGCCUUAUAUAGCUGACAUUUUUAAUUUAAAAAAAGAAAUGAUUCAAAUGUGCAAAGAAACCACUAUGACAAACAAAGAAAUAUUUGAUACUGUUUCUCGAAAAAAUCCAAAAGCUGCAGCUUUUAUUUCAUAUAAUGCUAUGAGAAAUCAGUUAUCAAGAGAAAAAAUCAAAAUGCGUCCUUCAUUACCUACAAACGUGUAUGAGCUUGACAGUUUGCUUCGAGGUUAUGAACCUACAAUAAAUAUUUAUAAAGGCUGUGUUAUAUCUGAAGAUAACAAAUGUUCCUACAUGUUUACCACUGAUAAGCUUCUAAAAAUAUUAGAGAAAUGUUCUGAAAUUUUUAUUGAUGUUACAUUUUCUGUUGUACCUAGAGUACCAAGCUUUGCACAACUAUUUUCAUUACAUGUGCGGUACAUUGAUAAGAUAUUUUGAUUUUUAUGACAAAUGAU